UUGUUUACACUCGUCCGGUUGCAGACAAACGACACUGUAAAGCUUGACGUUUCUGUGAAAAUCGGAACGAGAAGUUUUGAAGUUUAUGUCUAAGGUUUACCACCUUACAACAGUGCCGUUUUGUAACCGUGAGUUCAAAUGAUAAAUUAGACUGUUUUGUCUAUUAAAAACGCGUUGAAGAUAAACUAGACGCGACGGUCUCUUAGAAUUGAAGUCAUGAUAGUCUGUUAAUAAGUACAACCCUCACAAAACGUUGAUAAACAAAACCACCCACUUGGAAUUAGGGGUUGAUGUGGAUGGUGGUUGUGAAUGUUUCACCUGCACUUCAAAUGACUGCCCCAAGAUUAAACAGUAAGAACGUGAUCAGUAAAACCGAGUAGAAUAUUGUGAGUGAAAACACAAAGAAUGAAAUAUCCAGAAUGAGUCACACAAGUGAUUCAAACCAUUCAAAUCCUUUAUCUCAACCACUGAGAGUAGAAACAGAAGAUCCAAACGUGCAUCCAGACGACACUAAUUACUAUGAGGAGGAAAAAGACAGUUUUAAUCAUGCAAAUGAGACACACGAGAAUGAUUCUUUAGGUCCUUUACCUCCAAAAUGGGAGAAAGCAUUCACGGAGAGUGGAGAAGCUUACUUCAUUGAUCACUCAACAGGUACAUCCCAUUGGCUUGACCCCAGACUGUCGAAAUUCCAGAAAAAAACUCUGGAAGAUUGCAUGGAUGAUGAACUGCCAUACGGCUGGGAGAAAAUUAGUGAUCCUCAUUAUGGGACAUAUUUUAUUGAUCAUGUGAAUAGACGAACGCAAUAUGAAAACCCAGUUAUACAAGCUAAAAGAGCUGCAUCUCAAGUGUCUCCCAGAGUUAGCAGGACUUAUUUCACUAAAGACCCUUCUGAGUUGUGUGGUCAAAGGUUAAGAACAUCGUUAGUAAAGUCGUCAAGAGGAUUAGGUUUCACAAUAGUUGGAGGAGAUGACACAGUGGAUGAAUUCCUGCAAAUCAAAUCGGUUGUACCAAAAGGACCUGCAUGGUUGGAUGGGCAGCUUCAAACAGGCGACGUCAUAGUCUUUGUUAAUGAUACGUGUGUAUUGGGUUACACGCAUAAUCAAAUUGUAAGAUUAUUUCAGUCAAUUAGUGUCGGAUCCACAGUGCAACUUGAGGUGUGUAGAGGGUAUCCUUUACCCUUUGAUCCAAAUGACCCAAAUACAGAAGUAGUUACCACUAUUGCUGUUGAUGCUCACCUGCAACCAGUGUCAAAUGACAAGAGAAUUUUAGAUACAAAUUACAACUUCCUAGAGGGAGAGGAUAAUAUAUCCAGAGGUGAAGAUAAUAUUGAUGCUCCUGAUGAUAUUGAUGACUUGUUGAAAGGAAUGAACACAAUGACACUGGGCAGAGUGGAAGUGCGCGUGCGAAUCGUAAAGGGAAAUUUGGGCUUCGGAUUUACAAUUGCUGAUAGUGCCUGUGGACAAAGAGUAAAGAAAAUUCUGGAUCGCCAAAGAUGUAAAAACCUUAUGGAAGGAGACAUACUGCUGGAUAUUAACGAUAUUUCUUUACAAAGCAUGUCACACGACGAUGUGGUGCAAGUGUUGAAGAAUUGUCCGUAUAAUAGUGAAGCAACAAUUUGCGUCCAACGAGGUUGCCCUAAUAAAUCAUCAAAUAUUCGAAAUAAGACCCGAAAGUUAGAUCCUAAAUACGGUACAAAAGAUGUUGCUAACGCCUAUCGAAGCAAAACCCCCACAGCUGAUAUUUAUAGUACUCAACCUAGAGAGAUACUUCCUAGUAGGCCUAAGACUCCACUUGUAGACACUAGAAGUCUCACUAAAACCCCAGUGAAAGACGCAAAUUCAAAUUCCAAUGAUAUUCGCAGAGAUUUCCAAAACGAUGGCUUUGCAGUUGACCGCUCAAGAUUACGCUCUUCCAUCAUUGAUAACCACGAGGAUGACGAUUUAGAUAUCGACAUUUCAGAGAAUAAUCCAUCGAAACCAUCUUACGAAUACCCACCACCAGUUGAUCCAAAAUUCAGCCUGUAUAUGCCACCACCACAUCGAUAUGACUGUGCAUGUGCAUUCUGUGCUAGUCCGAGGCCGAACAUAUUAGAUGCAAAUAACUUUGAUAAUCCAAAUAAUGGCAAGAAACUCACCAAUCAUUGGUGGUAUCAGCAGAAUUCUCGGCAUGACUAUUUGACAAUGCAUAUUAUUUUGAAUCGACUUGAAACCGGUUUUGGGUUUCGAAUAGUUGGCGGUAUCGAAGAUAAAUCUCAGGUGGCAGUGGGGCAGAUAGUGCCUGGAGGCGCAGCUGAUCUGGAUGGUCGUAUGCAAACGGGAGAUGAAAUCGUAAGUGUGGAAGGUUUCUCGGUAUUGAAAGCCGAACAUCGCCAAGUAGUCCAAUUAAUAAAUACGGCUGCUGCCAGAGGGCAAGUCAGCUUGAUUCUGCGGAGGAGAGUUUUUCCUCCGCCGGGUCCGCAAGGUCUAGUUAACUAUCCUCCAAUGAAUUGGCCCGUUGAGAAUACUUCCCCUGCCGUAGCUACAAACCAUGCAGUACCUUUAGUACUUGCUAAUCCUCAUUCUGGACCAACAUACGAUGUGACUGUACAGCGAACUGAGAACGAAGGUUUUGGUUUCGUUAUCAUAUCUUCCGUCAACAAAAUAGGCUCAACUAUAGGUCGUUUAAUAGAAGACAGUCCCGCAGAGCGAUGUGGAAGACUACGUGUUGGCGAUUAUAUUGUCGCAGUUAAUCACAUAGAUAUAAUGCAUUUGAGUCAUGGAGAUAUUGUGAAUUUAAUUAAGGAAUCAGGUUUAUCUGUAACUUUAACGAUUGCUCCAAACUCCGACUUAUGAUUAAUAAAAAUACGAAAAUGAAUUUGAUUAUAAUAAUUUGUUGCAAAUUAUUUCUAGUUCAUUUUGGAUAAUAAACUUCCGAAGGAAUAUUCGUAGAGUGAACAUUUAAAUCAUAAAUUUUCCUUAAGUUGGAAAAUCGAAGCGUACCGUUGUUGCUCUUUAAAUACUAAAAAUUUUAAUCAAAAAUUAUUUGUGAUAAUGGAGAUGUAUUAAAUGGAAUCUCAACCAGGAAAUUUCUAGUGUGUAUGUAUAUUGAUCAACAUAAGUUCAUCAAUAUAAUUACAAGCUAUAAAACCUCGCUAAUCCCAAAAUUAUUAGUAGCUAAAAGUGAUUUUGAAUUAUUUCUUAAAAAACUGUUUAAGUUUAAUCCUCAAGUCAUUGUUACUGGUUAAACUCAGCAUUUAUGAAAUGCUUGUUUUCUAUCAUAAUAUUAAUGUUUCCGUAUUGUUCAUUUGCAAUUAGUUUGGAUUAGCAAGGUCGUGAAGUACAGAAACGUGAAAUUGGUGUAGCAUUCAAUUUAAGUUUAUCGAACGGGAAUAUUUAUUCAAAUGCCUUAAAAAGUUGUUGGUUAAUAUGUGACAAUAAUUUUGAACGUUAUAUACAUUGUCCAAAAUAUUAAGUUUCUCUUUCCAAACAGUUAAUACCAUUUGGUUUUCAUGAUUUUUUCAAAUUAACAGAUACAUCUCUAUGUGAUAGAUUAGAAUAUCACUGCCGAUACUUAAGAAAAUAUAGUUUCUAAAGAACUGAACGAAUUUAUAAUUAAGUUUCACAAAGUAAUGUCGAAUUUAUUUGGAAUUUUAAACAACUGAAAUGCAACAAAUUAUAUUAGGAAAAUAUGCAUGUUUGUACUGUGAUUGUUUUCCAUGUAUGGUACUAAAAAGAGCGAGCUGAAACUCAUUCGGAAUAAGUGACGUGUUUUGAGAAUAUUUAAUUUUUAAUUUAGAAAUAUUCUGGGAAUCUCAUUAAGCUCAAUUUUACUGACAUUUCUUGAAUCUCAGUAACAAUUAUGUACUUUUGUUUUGACUGAAGACUAAUGUAAGUAUUUAUUUUUACGACUGAAAUUCAUUUUUUUCCAAAAUAAUGAACAUUUUAACAUAUUUUAUAUAAUUUGGUACCUUUAGCAAAUGAUGCUCACAUAUAUAUAAUUACUAUAACAAAAAAUUUAGACCUUACUUGCCUGUUAUAUGAUGCUGCUCUUUUCCAUAGUCUAUAUAUUAUAAUUAAAGCAAUAACAAAUUUAACCUUCACGUUGAGUUUAUUUAGAAUAUAUCUAGUUUCGAUUAGGGGAUCUUUAAACUUGCCUUAAGGGGUUCGUUAAUAAUUUGUAAUGUUUUUUUAAAAUAAAUUACCGGUGAUUGAGCUUUUCUCUGUUAUUCAAUAAAACCUGAAGCCUCAAAGUCUCAAGUAAGUUUUUAAAAAACUGUUAAAGGUAAUUGAUAGCCAUUUUUACAGCUUUUAAGUUUGAUUUUCUGACUUUGGUUUGCUUUAUUCACCAUUUUUAUCUUCCAAGGGCUGUGACUUUAAAAUUAUUCUUGAACAGUGAAAUGUUUAAGUCAAAAGCUAAAUAGUUCAAUCAACUUAUUUUCGUAUUACCUCAUAUGUUAACUUACUGGACCUCUUUGUAAGAUACGUUAUUCUCAUAUAUAUUUAUAAGAUCUGUUAGUAAUACACCAUAUCUAAUCUCGAAUCUUAUUAAUAGCGAACUAUUGUUAGAUGUUACAAAAAAUAUAAAUUGUUGCUAACAUAUUUAGAAUGUAUCUGAUAAGUAAUAGUACCAUCUUAUGCUAUAUUUGAUUAAUUUCAAGUUAUUUUAUCAAGUAACUCAAAAAAUUGAUGAUGUUCUAUUUGCCUUUUGUGUUAUAUGUUGUGUUGUAUAAUGGACGGGUCCCAAUUAGCAAAUGAAAAACUUACGUUUUCGCGUUAAGUUUCAUUUAUUUCUUAAUUCGAUCUCUACUUUUAAUUAUAAAAGAAAGGUAUUUUGUAUUGCUGCUACCACUAGGUAAAUUAUAUAUUGCAGCCUAGGCAUUUAUAAAUACUAGCCUAUUAUGGCAUUUACAUAAUGGCCUAAUCGCAGAUUUCAUCAAUUCAUAAACAUAAUUCGCCUAUAAUUUUCUGAAAUUUAUAGUAUUUUGUUAAUUGAGAUGUUUAAUUUAGUUUCGAUCAACUAGCUAUCGAAUUCCAAAUUACAUGAAUAUAAUAUUCCGGCCAGCAUGCACAUUUGUAUUAGACUGAUUAUUGUAAUAUUUGUAAAUACGUGUUUUGCAUUUUAUAAAAUAUAAAUAUCAGUUAUUGUAAAUAUA